CCAGAGUGUGUUGAUCAGUUGAACAACACCCUAAAGCCUCAUUACACUUCUCAGCGGCAGAGCCGACAGCUGCUCAGCAACUUCUGAACACCAAAACAGCGCAGAGAUGGGAAAAAUCUACCAGGUCGUGGUGCAUGGAUUCAGAGGGGAGAAGGUGACCAUUGACCUGUGCAACACGGAGGAGCAGAUGAAGAGCAUCACGGUGCUGCAGCUUAAAGACAAGAUAGCAGAGAAGAUUCCCGCGAACAAAGGGGUGGAGGCCAUUCGGCUGAUCUUCACCAACAAGGGCCUGGAUGACGACAACGAGAAGCUGUCUGAAUAUGGAGUCCAGCACAUGUCUACCAUCUUAAUGGUGUUGAAGGUUCCUGGAGGACUGACAGUUUGACAGAGACCAUCUCCUUCUGCUGCUUCCACUGCCACUGCUGCUUCAUAUAUAUUUACUCUUGACAACUUUGUUUACAAGUUUUAAAUCAUUACUGUGUUGCCUGUUUUAUUGCGAUGAUCAUUUGUACGAAAUAAAAUCAAGUAUUUGUAAUGUCUCAACUCUCAAG